UUGCUGAUCUAGGAGCUACUCGCGCGCCACCACCGGGAAUCUUCCGAACUUCGUCGUGAAAUUAAGAUUAUCUACAAUUAUCUAAGAAGUGUUAAAACUUUGCGUGCAAGAGUAUAAAUGCGAUGAAAUGUGUGCGUGACACGUUACAUUAUUUUAUAUUAUAUAUAGAUAUCGCAUUUUGUUGUACUAUGGAGAGGAUGAUCAAUUUUGAACCAUGAUUGAAGAGAAGCGCGGAACUGUAUUUCAAAUAACAAUCAAAGAGUAUUAUUAAUUAAAUCAAGAGACUGGGAUAAGUUGAGAGAAAAAGCAAAAGGAGAAAGAGAGAGAGAGAGAGAGACUUUAAAAACAGACAGAAAAUGAAACCACUACUCAAAAUAAUCUACUCGCUCUGUUGGAGCAACGCGUACUUGAUAAUAGGAAUAUGCAUGGGUCUGAGUUUCAGUUUGUUGUUGAUACCACUUGAUAAUGGUAGUCAGCACGACGUCGCAGAGUCUUACGAACAUUCCUCGAAUAUCUUGGAAGACACAGAUCCAUACCAGCCGAGAAUAGAUACCGACAACAAACCGCAACAACCAGUACAGAAAGCGAGGAAACCGUUCGUGCGUCCUAGAUAUUAUUCUACAGAACUCGGUAUCAGAGAGAAAUUGUUCGUAGGAAUCAUAACGAGCCGUGAACAUCUACACAGCAGAGGCGCGGCGCUGAACAAAACGGUUGCUCACAUAGUUGAUAAAAUUCGCUAUUUUAUUUCCAUACCAGAAGGGACCAAACCGAACGUUUCAUUUCCCGGAAUAGUGGGAUUUACCGACACGAGAAGCAUCUUCAAGCCUUUCCACGCGAUGAAAUACAUAAUCGACAAUUAUUUAGAAAGUUAUGAUUAUUAUUUUCUAAGCAAAGAUGUAAGUUACAUAAACGCGAGAGGUCUCGUGGAAUUUGUAAGUAAGAUAAGCGUGAGCCAAAAUGUUCACAUAGGUGUUCAAAGUGAAAUCGAUACCUACUGUUCUCUGGAGUCUGGUGUUCUCCUGAGCAAUUCUGUGAUUCAAGAAAUCAAAAAUAAUCUAGACUGGUGCGUGAAGAACACGUAUUCAGAUUCGGACGAUGUUAAUUUCGGUCGUUGUAUACUCCAUUCGACUUCCCUGCCAUGCGCCAACCGAAUGCAGGGACGAGAUUUCAUAUUCACGCAGCUACCCCCGGCAUUUGAUUUUGAAAAAGAUUUUGCUCUGCUAACCGAGAAAGAUGGAUUCGAAAAUUCCAUAUCUCUGCACCCUGUCUAUGAUCACAUGCUCAUUUAUAAAUUUAAUAUGUACUUCAUCGCAAUCAAGUCCAUCAAGGUUCACAAGUCGAUUGCCGACAUACGCAAAAUGAUCUCUACCACCGCGUAUUUGGGACCGGCGAAUCAACGUAACAUAUCGUGGCCUAUUGGGAAUCAACCCGGCAACAAGCCGUUGGGACGCUUCGACGUCUUGCGCUGGUCAUAUUUCAACGAAUCUCACGUUUUCUUCGAAACCGACUUCGUCAAUAUUCAAGAAUUAAAGGGCGACAGAAAAUCCGAUAUAGAAUAUGUGAUCAACUUUGCGGCUAACAAUAUUAUAAAUAAAUACAAAAACAAAUUGAGUUUCAACAGGUUGCUGAACGGGUAUCAAAAAUUCGACGCGUCCAGAGGAAUGGACUACGUACUCGACAUGGCCUUCGACGACGCGUUUACAGGCAGAGAAGUGAGAAAACGAAUCGAGGUCUGUAAACCUUUGGGAAAAGUAGAAAUCAUACCCAUGCCGUACGUAACCGAAAACACAAGAGUCAAUAUAAUUGUUACCAUUGAUCUGAACAAAAAACAAGAAGCGUUAAACUUUAUGGAUUAUUACGCGCAAGAUUGUAUGGAGAAGAAAUGCAAAACCUUUCUUAUGAUGGUUCUCUUGUACAACUUCGAUUUGCCGUCAAAAGGCAGAGGCGACGUCUUUUACGAAAUAAAGAGAUACAUAUUAACGCUGAACGAAAAAUACAAAAAGGAUCAAUCCAGAAUUACUUGGCUCUCGAUACGAUUGCCAGCCAACGUAACUUCCGUAGAUUUUGAUCCGAUGUUGAAGAUCGCCGUGACCGAUUUGUAUGCGAAAAAAUUCUCACCAGAGAGUUUAAUUCUUCUCGCAGAGACGGGGACGAAACUGAAAAUAGAUUUUUUAAACAGAGUUCGCAUGAACACCAUUAGUGGUUAUCAGAUAUUCAGCCCGAUUCCUUUCAUCGAGUAUCAUCCUGACAUAAUUUACGUGGGUGAAGCGGCUCACGAUGAAGUGGAUAUUAAUAGCAAUUACGGAAAAUAUGACGAACAGAAUUAUAAUAACAUUGCAUUCUACAUCAAAGAUUACAACGCAAUGCGACAAACAGUCGAGGCGAGCAUUCCGUUAGCGCGAUCCGACAAGGACAUUGCUACACUAUUGAAACUUUCGCAACACAGUCCUGUAACUUCUUUACUCGACAUGUUUGUGACUUUCAGCGAUAUGCACGUGUUUCGCGGAAUAGAACCGACGCUAAAGAUUAGAUACAAAGACAUUAGUUGCAAUAUUCCCAAUGACAAUAUGUAUAAGAGCUGCCUUAAACUCAGGAAUAAUCACUUGGGCAAACGUAGUCAAUUAGCUAGACUUAUAUUAGAUUAUCAGAACCAACGAGCUUAGGGACAAAACAAUAUUACAUCGCAAUCUAUAAAGAGAAUCUCUAUUUAUUUAUCGUUAUUUAUAUGCUGUUUUUUUUUUGCACCAAAUAGAGCUUUUAUAUAUUUUUUAGAAUAAAAAUAACAGAGAAACAUCUUUAAAGAGAUAUUUCAAAGACAAUAUUUUUAUAAACAUAUUUAUACAAAAUGCAGAAUGAAAAAUGUAAUGAAAGAUUUAUUAGAUAUUUUCGUGUAAUUUUUUUAAAAUUUUCUCCAUGUAAUUUAUGCGCGUGAACUAUGUGUAUAAUUGUACGUAUUUUAUUAAUUUAUCCUAUUCUAUUUUAAAUUUAGUUAUGCAAUUUUUAUGUUCCUUAUGGAGGAUCUAGAACUUCAUGCUUUGA